UAAAGAGCCGUUCGUUCGCGAAUAAUCCAUCACUAGGAAGAAGAAAAUUAAUAUGGCAGCAGGUAGCUCCUGCACGAUAGUGGAAUAUUUCGGGGGCGAUGACGGCUACCGCUGUGGUUAUUGUAAAAAUGAGAAGGGUAACUUCUCUCAUGGGAUGUGGUCCCACGCCAUGACAGUACAAGACUACCAGGAUCUCAUAGACAGAGGAUGGAGACGAAGCGGGAAGUAUGUUUACAAGCCCAUCAUGAACAAGACCUGCUGUCCACAGUACACCAUCAGGUGUCAUGCCUUGAACUUUCAGCCAUCUAAAACCCACAAGAAGAUCCUGAAGAAGAUGAGCAAGUUUCUGUCUAAAGGGGAGAUGCCAACGGAACAAGGCGAUGGGGAGCCCAUGGACUCGCUGUGUGAGGAGGGAGGACUGCACGGCCCUGUUAAAGUCUGUCACUCUGAGGUGGCGAGUCCUGUGGUCACAGCCAUUCUGACUGAGGAGGGAGACACCACACCAGCCGAGUUUGAAACCGCUAGAAAAGACCCAGUGUCUAUUCCAGACGGGAGAGGACCAGAAACAACCCCCAAACCGGGGGUAGGAGCGGACCCCGGCAGGCCGUUGUGUAGGAAAGCCAAGGAACUGAGGAAGGCUCGCCGGCUGCAGAAGGAGCAGAAGAGACAGGUGGGGGGUGGAGUCCCGGCCUCUGCGACCUCUAACCCCGCCACGCCCGUCCAGCUCACCCAACCCAAAGCCCUGGAGGAGUUCAUCAACGAAUCUCUGCCCGAUAGUCCUCUGCACCGCCUCGAGGUGAGGCUAGUGCGCUCCAACCCCCCCAGUUCACAGUUCAAAGCCUCUUUCGACGCCUCCUACCAGGUGUACAAACUCUACCAGAUGGCCAUUCACCACGACCCUCCAGACAAGCCCACCGAGAGCCAGGUGAGGCUAGUGCCCGUCAAUGAUGAUGAUCCUCAGUUCAUGGCGACCUAUGAGCAGUCGGCAGCGCUGUACGCACGCUACCAGAUGGCCGUUCACGGCGACACCCCUUCCGAGUGUAACGAGAGUGAGUUCAGGAGAUUUCUCUGUGACUCACCACUUGAGAUGGAGACGCCUCCGGAUGGACCAGCGGCGGGCUACGGUUCCUUCCACCAACAGUACUGGCUGGAUGGCCGCAUCGUGGCAGUGGGAGUAGUGGACAUCCUGCCCACCUGCGUGUCCUCUGUCUACCUGUACUACCACCCCGACUUCGCCUCUCUGUCGCUGGGCUCCUACUCUGCACUCAGGGAGGUUGCCUUCACCAGGCAGCUGCAGAAACAGUCCCCCAAGCUGUGCUUCUACUACCUGGGCUUCUACAUCCACUCCUGCAACAAGAUGCGAUACAAGGGGCAGUACCAGCCUUCAGACCUCCUGUGCCCAGAGACAUAUGUCUUUGUGCCCAUAGAAUGCUGCAUCCCCAGCCUGGAGCAGACCCACUACGCACGCUUCAACCAGGACCCCGACGCAGGUGACACACACGUACUGAAGGACCUGGGUCGUGCUCUGGUGCUGUACAGACGGACGGUCAUGCCCUACGCCGCCUACGCCCGCAAACGCAAGUGCUCCAACGACGAGAUGGAGGUGGCGCAGUACGCUGGCCUGGUGGGCCAGGUCUGUGCUGAGAGGAUCCUGCUAUACCGGGCGUAACCCACUGGGGGCGCCACCGCCACCCUGCACCUUGAUCCGCUCGUGUCUCUGUCUGUCCCGCUGUCUUUGUAAGUGCUUUCCACUGCUUCACUCUACAAUAGCCUCACCAAGUUUAGCUCUACUACACAUAGGCCGAACCAACACAUUCAAGUAUGUACCUGCUUUCAGGAAGAAUUCACACCCCUUCACUUUUUUUCACAUUCUGUUGUGUUACAGCCUGUAUUUUAAAUGGAUUAAAUUGAGAUUGUGUCACUGGCCUAAACAUAAUACCCCAGAAUGGAAUUAUGUUUUAAUAAAUGUUUAGAAAUUAAUUAAAAAUGAA